UAAGUCCGCUAAACGAAAGGAGGUAAGGCUUGAUGUGGUGCACAGAGCGAGAGCCGCGCGCGCUCGUGCACGCACACACAAAAAAGAGGGGCAGUCCAGGAUUCUGACUGAGACACGGCCCUGAUCCGGACAAGGUCUCAAAUCGCAACCCCAGUCCCCGCAAAUUUCCGGAGCGUCCCUGCACCCCCCACCUCCGGAGAUUACUGUAGGCGCAUCUCUCCGCCCUGACCCGCAGAGGCGCCGCGCCCUUCCUUCUCCUCCUCCCCUCCCCCGCCACAGCUCUCCGUCCCCCGCGAACGCGGCUUCCUAGUGUCCUUUCGAACGCCCGCGUGGCUGUCGGGUUUCGAACCCUAGCACCAACCCUCGCCCUCAACACACGUAGCUGAGUCGCUGGCGCAGCCUUUGCCCCCGCAUCAAUCAUUAACGGGCCAGCUCGGGCUGCUGCGGCCCGAGGAGGGGGGAUGGUACGGAACUCGAGACUGGGGACAACUCUAUCCCCCGAGGCGGCCGCGAAACACUAGCCGGGGAGGCCCCCGCCCUCCCUCGGUGCGCCCGUGCCUCCCUCCCUCCAGAGCCUGGGCUCCCACAUCCCCGCCUCCCGCGCCGGGGGCGGCGGCGGCUGCGCCCGCACCGCGCGAUGCCCAGUCACCGCAGCAGCGCCGCCAACGCUGCAGUCCGCCGCGCCGCCGCCGCUACCGCAGCGCGGGCGGUCGCGAGCCGGUAGCAGAGAGCCUGGCGAAGGGGCUGCCCAGCCACGCGCGCUCCUGCCAGUCGCUGCGCUGCUUACCGGUUGAUUAUUUUUAUUUAAUUAAUUUAUUUAUAGGAACGGCUGCUCAGAGGCUCAGGUCUUCUCUUGAACCUGCAGCGACGCCCCAGGCGCGUGCACAAAGGCUCCGACGGCGGCCGGCGGGGACUGCAGAGCGCGCGAGGCCCGGCGCCAGAGGUCGCCUGUUCGUGUCCUAGCCAAGCCCCGAGCACCAUGCCGCGGCGCCUGCAGCCCCGGGGCGCGGGCACAAAGGGCCCGCCCGCCACGACCCAGGCGGCUUUGGAGACAUCCCCGCGCCCUAAGCCUUCUGCCUCAGGGGACCCUCCUGCAUCCGCCAAGCCGCUGCUGCGCUGGGACGAGGUGCCCGACGACUUCGUGGAGUGCUUUAUACUGUCGGGCUACCGGCGGCUGCCCUGCACCGCGCAGGAAUGCCUAGCCUCGGUGCUGAAGCCUACCAACGAGACGCUCAACUUCUGGACGCACUUCAUCCCGCUGCUGCUGUUUCUGAGCAAGUUCUGCCGCCUGUUCUUCCUGAGCGGCCGCGAUGUGCCCUUUCACCACCCGUGGCUGCUGCCGCUGUGGUGCUACGCGUCGGGCGUGCUGCUGACCUUCGCUAUGAGCUGUACGGCGCACGUGUUCAGCUGCCUGUCGCUGCGCCUGCGCGCCGCCUUCUUCUACCUGGACUACGCGUCCAUCAGCUACUAUGGCUUCGGCAGCACAGUGGCCUACUACUACUACCUGCUGCCGGGCCUGAGCUUGUUGGACGCCAGAGUGAUGACCCCUUACGUGCAGCAGCGCCUGGGCUGGCAUGUGGACUGCACGCGCCUCAUCGCCGCCUACCGCGCGCUGGUGCUGCCCGUGGCCUUCGUGCUGGCGGUGGCCUGCACCGUGGCCUGUUGCAAGAGCCGCACUGAUUGGUGCUCUUACCCGUUCGCACUGCGCACCUUCGUCUUCGUCAUGCCGCUCAGCAUGGCCUGUCCCAUCAUGCUAGAGAGCUGGCUCUUCGACUUGCGAGGCGAGAACCCCACGCUCUUCGUGCACUUCUACCGCCGCUACUUCUGGCUGGUGGUGGCCGCUUUCUUCAAUGUGAGCAAGAUCCCCGAGCGCAUCCAGCCUGGCUUGUUCGACAUUAUCGGCCACAGCCACCAGCUGUUCCAUAUCUUCACUUUCCUCAGCAUCUAUGACCAGGUGUACUACGUGGAGGAGGGCCUGCGCCAAUUCCUUAAGGCGCCGCCUGCUGCUCCCACCUUUUCGGGCACCGUGGGCUACAUGCUGUUGCUGGUUGUCUGUCUGGGGCUGGUCAUCCGGAAGUUCCUAAACAGCUCCGAAUUCUGCACUAAAAAGUGAGCCUUCGCCUUGGAGGAGGCUGCUGGUUCGCCCACCUGUUUGUUUGGAGUUUCUAUUGUUGCUGUUGUUGGUUUGUUUUCAAGUUUUGUUGUGUUUCCUUUGCUCAAGGAGGGUGCUGCAGAACCACAGGGAAAAAAGUCAAACGCGACAAGGGGGUCUCAGUGCACUUGGGGCUUUGGAAGAGGGAGGUGGGUCACGCAGGAGGGAGCGGGCCGCUGGGUUUUGCCCUUGGACAAAAUUCAGCUGGUGUCUGUGAUGUCCAGGGAUUUUUCGGAGGCAGAGAAUAAAAUCCCAAAUAAAACCCCAAACAGUUCGAUUUUCCGAUCGUCUUCUGUGCCAGUGGUAGUAACAAGUAGGCCUUGCGAGGUCAGCUAAGCAGUAAAGAGGGUGAGUAGACAAAAUCCCUGGGUACUUCCAUUUCAGUCUGAGGAAUGCUUGGAUUUGUCAAAAGAAUGGAGCUUUGUAGGAAAUGGGCACAAAGACAUAAGCCCAGGGCUUACCCUGCUGGAAAAUGCAUGGAAUGUGAACACAAAUUAAUUAUUUCGAAAUGUUUCUCAGAUGUUAUUUAAAUAGUAAUAUAUACAAUGAUUUUUCGUAAUUUAUCAAGCCUGUGCUAUGCACUGAAUUUUCUUUGUCUUGUAGUUUUGAAUUUUGCAGCCUUUCUGCACUGCAUACACUUGAACUGGACAUCAUCAGGGCAAGCUGCUCGAGAGUUCUCAAUUACUUUUUUAAACAGUGUUCUCUGGAGGCCUAUGUAUGUCAUGAUACAACUGUGAAUUAUUCCACUUUAGGGACUCUGGUUAAACUAUUGGUGAGGAGCUCGGUGAUUUGUAUAGAUCCCAGAUUCCUAUUUACUUUAAUGUAUUCCACAAAACCCACCCUAUUUUUUGGUUUGUUUUGUUUUGAAUCUUAUUCUUUACUUCUCUACUUAUUUAAAUUGCCACUGGAAUAAAUGUGCCUUUGAAGCAAUGCCCAAGUGACUGGUCCUCAAACAUAGGGGAGAGCAAUUGGAGUAAGCUUUUCUUACUUUCCUGCAAAUCAAGGUUUAACAUUCCACCCAGGAGGGGAGGAAGAUGGUGUGGAUUGCAAGUUUUUGGUGGCACCGAAAGUGGCUCACAGGGACCUGCAGAGUGUUGGCUUCUCUGCCAGAAAGGGGCCAACCCACUAAUAUGCCUGUGGUCCCUAAUGCCCCUGUCAGGGAAAUUGAGAGGACACUGUUCUAGACUGAUGCCAUCUGUCCUUGCUUAAAAUUAAAAAUGUAAUACUCAGGAAUAAAUGAGGCAGUUAUAUUAUAAGUCAGAAACAUAUUACUUGAAUUGUAACUGAAAAUUUUGAGUUCAAUAUGAUUACCUUUGCCUAGUUAAGCACUGAAGUCUCAUUUGGAUCCAGACUAUGGCAAUGAACAACGGUCAUCCUAAAUCAUGGGAGAAUGAAUGAACACACUCCUGGGAUCCUUUCUGACAACCCCAUUAGCCGGUGUUAUUGAAGACAUUUCUUAUAAACUCUAACCUGUACUUGAGAUGGCAACUCUAGACUAACACAAACUACUGAGGCAGCUUAUUUAAAUACUUAUCACACUUCCUGGUAAGUCCUUUCAGUUAAUAGCCAAAUAAGUCAUUGAAUGGGAAGUUUUGACUUCAUGGUAUAAUUUAGAUAAAGCACAUAAGGAAGAUGAGCACUUACCUCAGCACUGGUAGGCUGAUGUUCCUAAAAAGAUUGCUGUUUUUGUUGAUGCUUUUAUUUGAUAGUAUAUUUAUAAACAGAGAGGCUCGGCACAGUUCCCUGGAGGAACCGGGAUCCUUGUGUGUGAAUUUGCAGAAAAGUUUAUAUGUGUCUAUAUUUAAUUUAGAACUUCUUAGUGGGAUUGUAAAUACACUUGCACGUUCGCUGAUGGGUGUCAGUGUCUCACUUUUUGCAAAGUGCAAGGAGAUUCCUAUUAGGUUACAGGGGCUGAGAAUUUGUGCCUACCAUGGGUGUUAUUUCUCACCUGUAACUUAAGUCAGCACAUGCAUUCAAGGGCAAUUGUGGAAAUCAGGAUAUUUCUACAUGCAAACUUAUUUGCAUGUCAUCAUGGUCUCCUCUAGAGCCCCAAAGUGUGUUGGUUUGGAAGCUAGUAAAACAGGUUGAUGAGUAUUCUGUAGCUUCCUUAUAAAAUGAGGGCCUCUCUUUCAGAA